CGCUGUGCGUGCGCGCUCGCGUGCGCGCGUCCGCGGUGGUGGCGGGCAUGGCGGUGUGCGCUCGGCUCUGCGGCGUGGGCCCCGCGCGCGGGUGCCGCCGCCGCCAGCAGCGCCGCGGCCCUGCCGAGACGGCCGCGGCGGACAGCGAGGCGGACACUGACCCCGAGGAGGAGCGCAUCGAGGCGGGGCCGGCGCGCUGCUCCCUGCUGGAGCUCCCGCCGGAGCUGCUGGUGGAGAUCUUCGCCUCGCUGCCCGGCACCGACCUGCCCAGCCUGGCGCAGGUCUGCAGCAGGUUCCGCCGCAUCCUGCACACGGACACCAUCUGGAGACGGCGCUGCCGCGAGGAGUAUGGCGUUUGUGAGAACCUGCGGAAGCUGGAGAUCACGGGCGUGUCUUGCCGGGAUGUCUACGCAAAGCGUAUAAACCCUCGCGUGAAGUCAGGACGCGUCAUGAAAAUUCUCCCCGAUUACGAGCACAUGGAGUACAGGGAUGUUUACACCUGCCUGCUUCACCGAUACAGACACAUUUUGGGGCUGUGGCAGCCGGACAUCGGGCCAUAUGGAGGACUGCUGAACGUGGUGGUGGAUGGACUGUUCAUCAUCGGCUGGAUGUACCUACCUCCUCAUGACCCCCACGUGGGCGACCCCAUGCGAUUCAAGCCUUUAUUUAGAAUCCACCUGAUGGAGAGGAAGUCGGCCACGGUGGAGUGUAUGUACGGCCACAAAGGGCCCCACAACGGCCACAUCCAGAUCGUGAAGAGGGAUGAGUUCUCCACCAAAUGCAACCAGACGGAUCACCACAGGAUGUCUGGUGGGAGGCAGGAGGAGUUUCGGACGUGGCUGAGGGAGGAGUGGGGCCGCACGCUGGAAGACAUCUUCCACGAGCAUAUGCAGGAGCUGAUUCUGAUGAAGUUCAUCUACACCAGUCAGUACGACAACUGCCUGACCUACCGCCGGAUCUACCUCCCUCCCAGCCACCCUGAUGACCUCAUCAAGCCAGGCCUCUUUAAGGGCACCUAUGGCAGCCACGGCCUGGAAAUUGUGAUGCUCAGCUUCCACGGAUCUCGUGCCAGGGGCACCAAGAUCACGGGUGACCCCAACAUCCCUGCGGGCCAGCAGACCGUAGAGAUUGAUCUGCAGCGCCGGAUCCAGCUGCCGGAUGUGGAGAACCUCCGAAACUUCAAUGAGUUGUCCAGGAUCGUCCUGGAAGUCCGAGAGCAGGUUCGGCAGGAGCAGCAGGAGGCUGGCGAGGGUCCAGUCCCACCCCGGGAGCCGGCAGCCAAGGGUCCUGCUGGGCCACCUGCCAGGGACAGCAAAGAGCCCAGUGGUGGAGCUGAGGCAGCCGAACAGUCAGGCUCGUCCGGGCAGGGGCAGCCGUUUGUGUUGCCUGUGGGUGUCAGCUCGAGGAAUGAGGACUACCCCCGCACCUGCCGGCUAUGUUUCUAUGGCACAGGCCUCAUCGCAGGCCAUGGCUUCACCAGCCCUGAGCGCACUCCCGGUGUCUUCGUCCUGUUCGAUGAGGACCGCUUCGGGUUUCUCUGGCUAGAACUCAAGUCCUUCAGCUUGUACAGCCGAGUCCAGGCCACCUUCCAGAAUGCCGACGCGCCGUCGCCUCAGGCCUUUGACGAGAUGCUCAGGAACAUCCAGUCUCUCACCUCCUGACCUCCACGUGGGCGGAGGGGCUGCGCGGGGCCCGGGUGGGGGAAGCAUGCACUUUAGAAAUGAACGCACACCUCCGCACUAGGGUCCCUGUCACCCCGAGACUCUCUCCUUGUAUAGCGUGUAACAUACUCUUGUAUAUUUGAUUUGUUGGUAGCUAUGAAGGCGGACAUUAAGCAUGGUGGGGAAAUAAACAAGUUGAGCCAGGAUGAAUCUAGCUAGUGGUGGUGAGAAUCAAAUGGAAGCCCACAGGUCCUCAGGAGAACGUGAAUCUGUCUGUAGGGAGGCCAUGACAUACCCAUAGAGGCUCAUGGGAGGCUAGGUGUUCUGCUGCACCUGUCUCCAUUGGAUGACCUAAACAGUCACUGCUGGGAGGUAGCCUCAGGGGAGCUGGAGUGUCACUUGCGGGACCCCGAGGGCUUUCUGUUUCCUCACUGGCUUCUUAGAUUUUGGACAGGGAGUCAGGUACAGCGGUGGGUGCACGCCUAUAAUCCCAGUGCUCGGGAGGCAGAGACAGGCGGAUCUCUGAGUUCGAGGCCAGCCUGGUCUACAAAGUGAGUCCAGGACUGCCAGGGCUUAUACAGAGAAACCCUGGCUUGAACCCCACCCCCACCCAUGAAAAAGAGAUUUUGGAUAAGGGCAUUCUGCCAGGACCAGUUUUCCUGCCCUGGCUGAUUGGAGCCACCAAAGAUUGUCAUGGCAGUAUCCGUCCUGGGCCCCUGGUGGCCUCAGCCCCACUUGCCCCGGUGUGAGAGCAGGCUCUUGAGCCAUCCGCUUGCUUGUCCCCAGCAGCCACAUGCUCCUACCUAUUCUGGAGAGCCCGCCCUGUCUGUUUGUAGGCCCUGCCCUGGCUGGACACCACCCCAUUGCUUUCAUUUUCUGGUUGUGAAGGUGCCUCUCACGGUGUUGGUGUCGGCAGUGGACACUUGUGGAGCUCUUUGUAGGCGAGAGGGAGGGACAGUUUUGUAGACAGUCACACCUGUGUAUGGCAGCGCACUGCAGUGCACCAUUGUCACCUGCCCAGCCACCCUGAGUGCUGGCCCAUGCUAAUCUGUCUGGGAAGCACGUGGGAAAGCAAGACGGUGCAGCCGCCAAGAGCGCAGACCUUUGGGAACUCCUGCCAGCCCCUGCGGUGUUUAGCAUACUUCUAGGCUGCCCCUUUCUUUGCUCAUCACUGGCACUGCCGCUGCAAGCCCUCCAGCUAGGGGUUUAGAAUUCAUCUUUCCGGUGAGGGGCUGUAGGAAGGUGGCAGCCAUGUGAGGAUGGCUGUAUCCUCCCCGACGGUGGCAAGCCCUUCCUGCCAAAGGACCUGCAGACUCAGGAGGGUGGCGUGGCAGAGGACCCUUGCAAGCUGGCUUUAGGAUGCUGGCUUUCUGUCAGGAGCGGUGGGGGAACCUGAGGUGAGCCUCCAGGCUGGGUUCAGCCUCUAAUAUCUGGCAGAAUUGAGCCCCAAGCCUUUUGUUACUUCUUGUCACGUGUUUCUUGUGCCAGAUGAGGCAGGCUUUAGACAAUACAAAUGUGACUGUGAAGCCUCAGGGACUGUGGAGACAGCUGGGCAUGUAGGUAGGGCUGCUGUUGAGGUUUCACCGAAUUUGGAGAAAACCGGGAGUGCGUUUCACACAGAACCCGAGGCUUGCUAGUUCAGAGUGUUCUUCAGCCCUCAGCAACUUCCAGUUAAGCAGGGGCAGUCACAUCGAAUUAGCCGACCACACGCCGGCUCUCUGAAACACACGCCCCAGUUGCUGCAGGCAAGGGUCAGUGAGGGAUGACGGCACUGUUGAAUGCAGUGAAACAGUGCUACCUCCUGUAGGGAACAGCCAGGCCCCGGUACUCCGCUGGUGGCAGGCUGCAGGCGGCCAUCUCUGUCCCUGGGCCUCCCCAUGUCACCACCAUUGGCUGGCCUUGCCAUUUUGCUGCUCAGGCUGCAUAGCCCAUGGAGAGAAGGCCUCCUGUGGGUUUGAACACUUGACCUGCCCUGCUGUGUGCCGAGAUGGUGUGGCUACUGUUACGGGCAAGCCUCGGGAAGUUUUUCUAGUGGGGACUGAACUCUUUUGCCUGAGGAUAUUGCUGGUGUCUGUUUCGGCCUGGCAGUGCCAGGACAUCGGCUACCAUCACUCCGACUUCCGGCAUCAGAGUCUUGUCAGUGGUGGGAGUUCUAGACUCCUUGCCCUGUGACUCCCCUCGUCUCUCUCUGGCAUCGGCUGUCUGGCCGCCUGUGGCAUGUGUUCAGGCUCUGGGCUGUCAGCUCUGCAGCAUUGCUGUGCUUCCUCUUGGGACCUCCCUGUCCCCGCAUGUCUACUAUAGAGAGGUGCUUGGCAGUGGCUUCCGGCCAGAUGCUGUGCCAGCCAGCCCUCCCUCACGCCAUGCAGUGAGCCCGGGGCACUUGCUUGUUCCUUCACCAUGAACUUGGAGCUAAGCGCCACUGUGGCCUGGGCAGCCAGGACUCCUCCCCAGCUGCCGCCGGUUACCCCAGCCCUCCACCUGUGAACAAUAUACCCACUGUAAAACUGUGUGUUUACAGUUUAGUACUGUGGAGAGGACCCGUCCUGCUCAGCUGCCAGGAUUUCAUGAGCCUCGGGUCAUCCGACUUCCUAGUUUGAGACUGUCUUCUCAAGACAGUAGGGCACGAAUGUCAAGCACCCGAUGUGACGUGAUGCCCGGCAGAGCGGCUGGCUGCGCUGAGCCGCUUGCAGAUUGGGAGGCAUCCCCUAGAACACUCGUCUGGCUUGAGUCUGCUCCUUCGGUCACUGUCACCCAUUUGCUGUUGUAGAUCAAGCCUGUGGAUUUGGGGGAGAGUGGGGUAGGUAUCCUCCCCAGAGAAGCUGUAAACGGUGGCAGGGGCCACGGUUUGGAACUUUGUGAAUGAGGUACUGGUGUUCACAGCCCCUUGGCCCAUAUGGCCAAACUCCAAAGAAGGGCUUAAGGGUGGGUAGCAGCUCUGACGGCACCUUCGGGGCUGGUCUCUGUGGCUGGACCCUCUGUUUGCCUGGAGACCAACACAGUGCCAAAUUGUGCUUUUCCAGCCCGCCUGCCUGUGCUCACAAGCCUGUUUGGAAAGUGUGGCUUGUCUGGAGCGCCCCUGAGCUCUGGACAGAGGGUGGCUCUUAAAAACUCUCAGGUCAGCUCGGCUUUGCCUAAGGGUCAGGGAAGGGCCCUGAAGAGUAGCUGCUGUGUGCCUGGUGCCCGACGUCACCCGUGACACUUGUCACCAAGGACGUGUGGUUGCUUCUCUUUUCAGUUUUCAGUAAACCUGUUUUUGAAGCCUU